AUGGAAACGGUUGAACGAUCACCGUUGAUGUACAGAUCUGGGGGUUUGCUUAAUAACUCUCCACCUACCGUGAAAUCGGAGACUGUUGAUGACCACUACGCCAUCAAGAUUGAGUCUAAUAUUACAAACACGCCUGUCUCACCAGGUAAACGCAGAAAAGCGCCAGAUUCAAGAUCCGAAAGUCCGGUUAUUGAAGCAAAGAUACCAAAAUGUUCCUCACCUGGUGAAGAAGAUGAAGAAGAGAGAUCCAAUUUUAAAACAUCAGUUGAAAGUAUGGCGAAGCUCUUUCCCCACUGUCCAACAGAGUUCAUUUCAAAUAUUUUAGCGGUAAUGGCAACGAAUGGGCUGAUGCCACCAGUCAAUCCUUCAAGUCAAGACCUUGCUUCUUCCCAGUCGCCUGGAUUAAGUAGGUGCGGAAGUAAUGAAAAAACACAUUCUUCGCCUCUUCCUUCUAAACCGAAGACAUCUCAUGCUAUCCAGGAUAUUUUAGGAGAGACCGAUAAAAUUAAUUACAAUGGAAGUAGAGGCAAGGAAUCACCUAGAUCCUCUACAUACGAUGAAAAGAAAGAGGAAGACUCGAAAAAACCUAGCUCACCUCAGUCAGCUCCAUCACAACCACCACCCCCACCACCACCACCGCCAAUCUAUCCCCUUCUUAAUUGGACCCCUCAACAUCCACCUCUUAGAUUCCCAUUGCAGGAAGACUUUUCCGCAACUCUUCGACAACUAGGAGGAGGUUCAAGUUAUCUUUCUGGAAUGAAUUCUCUCCCAUGUCCGUCUGCUUGUGACUUACCAAGGGGUGCAAGUGGUGGGACCAAUUUCUUCCCUCAACGAUUCGGAAUACCACAUGCUGGAUUAGCAAACCCACCAUCUCCAUCUCUUCUAUGGAUGCGAAAUCCAACUGAAAAUAUGAAUCAUAUGGAUAAAGAUGGCAAACGGAAGCAUACAAGGCCGACUUUCUCCGGUCAGCAGAUAUUCGCGCUUGAAAAAAUGUUUGAACAGACAAAGUAUCUGGCUGGACCCGAGAGAGCUCGAUUGGCCCUACUACUCGGAAUGUCGGAGAGUCAAGUUAAAGUGUGGUUCCAAAACCGUCGAACAAAGUGGAGGAAAAGGAGUGCGGCAGAUAUGACUACGAUAAAAUCAGGUUGCAGUAACCCUCAUCCAAAUUUUAUUCCUACAACAAAUAGCAUGAAAGCUUCAGUUACGAGUGGACAUUCGUCCCCACGAUCUGAGUCAAGACAUAAUCGUUCACCAAGUGAGGAUACGUCUGGAAAUUCUGUUGAGGCUUUCGAUGAAAGCAAAGAUUUGACAAAAUCCAUCCCACCUUCACAUCUCUUGCCACCGCCUCCUCCUCCUCUCCCUUCAAAUACUGGAGCUGGGGGUCAGCUUCCUCCAGUUAUUCCUCCACAUUUGGCGAGUGCAUUUCUAGCAGCCACUAGUUCACUUCAAGGUCUUCCAUUUCCUUUUGGAAUGCUUGGAAUUCCUCCAAGAGAAGAUAUUGAGGAGGCUUUGAGGUCACGUCACUUUGAGGGAUCUUCCUCAACCGCUAAUCAACCCUUGAAUCCUCUUUUCUCCCAAAUUCCUCCUUCCCACCCCUUGCCACAGAAUGGCACUGAGAAGCACUGA